CUAUUGUCACUGGAAGGUUCUUUUAGAUCUGUGGACGCUGUCGAUCAGCGAAAUCUCACGAUAGACUCCUUGUAGGAUCCAGAAGUUUUUGCAGUCCUCUGUAGUGAGAGCAAAGGUGACGACAACGCCAGGACGAGACCACACUGUUGUCAACGCGCCGGCUCUAAUCGAUGACCACGGCUUCACCAAAUCACUUCAGAUAAAGAGACUGCAGAGGAGCACUUCUACUUGCCAAUGUUUCGUGGGCAGGAUCGUUGCGUUUUGCCGACACGACAGCAAAGGCAAACGCCAACUUAUUAAUGGGACCCCGGAUGCCAUUUCUAUCCAUUCUUGCCAGAAUCUUACGAUAUACAGCCAUGCCACAAUGGUUAUAAUUCAGCUCCUGUUGUUGCUGAGUUUCUUGGACCAAAGCAAGCAGGAUUAUCUGUCGCCGAGGCGUGCUAGGACUUCAGGGGCGCCUUGUGCCAUUGGCCAGGCGUGUGACCCAAGGCAGAGGAGAGAUGCUGGGGGACGCGGUGGAGUCUACGAGCACCUCGGAGGAGCACCAAGAUGCAGAAAACUUUACUGUGCAACUAAAUAUCAUUUGCAAAUACAUCCAAGCGGGAAAAUAGACGGUUCUCUUGAGGAAAACAACCAGUUAAGCAUCAUGGAGAUCACAGCAGUUGAUGUUGGAGUGGUAGCGAUAAAGGGGAUAUUUUCCGGGAGAUAUCUGGCCAUGAAUGAUAAAGGACGUCUAUACGCCUCGGAUGUGUUCAACCAGGAGUGUGAGUUCCUGGAGCGGAUUCAUGAGCUGGGCUACAACACCUAUGCUUCAAGACACCACUCCACCCUGCAGCCCCCUGCAGGGGGUGGCAGUGGCAAACGACGAGCCAGUGCCAAGAGGCAGUGGUAUGUGUCCAUCAAUGGGAAAGGCCGGCCAAGGAGGGGCUUUAAGACGCGCAGCACUGACAAAGCCUCCCUUUUCCUGCCUCGAGUGCUAGGCAAUAAGGACCAUGAGAUGGUGCGAAAGCUCCGUGACAGCCAGAGGCACCCAGCUGGACAGCAGAGUCCCCCUAUGGGCCGGGCUGAGCACCGGAGACGGAGACACCGGGUCAGGGGAAAAAAGGGUAGAACCAAGAGGCCUGGUGAUUGACUGACACUAG